CGAGCGCGCACGCUCUGCUUUCCGGCAGCGUGGCACUGCUGGUGGAGAAAGAUGCGGAGGAAGAUGUCUGAAUCUCAUGCCGAGGCGGGAAACGAGAUGCCGAAUAACAAAAAGCAGAAAUUAAGUAGUGAUGAAAACAGCAACCCCGAUUUAUCAGGAGACGACAAUGAUGAUGCGGUCAGUGUUGAAAGCGGCACAAACCCAGAGCGGCCAGACACUCCCACGAACACAGCCAAUGCCCCGGGCAGAAAGAGCUGGGGCAAAGGCAAGUGGAAGUCCAAGAAGUGCAAAUAUUCCUUUAAGUGUGUCAACAGUCUGAGGGAGGAUCACGGCCAGCCGCUGUUUGGAGUCCAGUUCAAUUGGAACAGCAAAGAAGGAGACCCGCUAGUGUUCGCAACCGUCGGCAGCAACAGAGUCACUCUGUAUGAGUGUCACUCUCAAGGAGAGAUCCGUCUGCUGCAGUCGUAUGUAGAUGCUGACGCAGAUGAAAACUUCUACACUUGUGCGUGGACCUUCGACUCGAACACCAGUCACCCGCUGCUGGCCGUGGCCGGAUCCCGCGGCAUCAUCCGCAUCAUUAACCACAUCACCAUGCAGUGCGUCAAACAUUACGUCGGUCAUGGAAACGCGAUCAACGAGCUUAAAUUUCACCCGAGGGACCCAAACCUGUUGCUGUCGGUCAGUAAAGAUCACGCUCUGCGCCUCUGGAACGUUCAUACGGACACGCUGGUGGCCAUCUUUGGAGGCGUCGAGGGCCAUCGUGACGAGGUCUUGAGCGCGGAUUUUGACCUGCUCGGCGAGAAGAUCAUGUCCUGUGGGAUGGAUCACUCUUUGAAACUGUGGAGGAUUAACUCUGAGAGGAUGCAGAAAGCCAUCCGCGGCUCGUACGAGUAUAACCCCAGCAAAACCAACCGGCCUUUCGUGUCUCAGAAGAUUCACUUCCCAGACUUCUCCACGCGAGACAUUCACAGAAACUACGUGGACUGCGUCCGCUGGCUUGGAGAUUUGAUUCUUUCAAAGUCAUGUGAAAACGCAAUUGUGUGUUGGAAACCCGGGAGGAUGGAAGAUGACAUCGACCACAUCAAACCCAACGAGUCUAACGUGACCAUUCUGGGCCGCUUCGAUUACAGUCAGUGUGACAUCUGGUACAUGCGCUUCUCCAUGGACUUCUGGCAGAAGAUGUUAGCUCUUGGAAAUCAAGUCGGGAAGCUGUAUGUUUGGGAUCUGGAAGUGGAGGAUCCUCACAAAGCGAAGUGUACGACGCUCACGCUGCCCAAAUGCACGUCUGCGAUCAGACAGACCAGCUUCAGUCGAGACAGCAGUAUUCUGAUCGCGGUGUGUGAUGACGCUUCGAUCUGGCGCUGGGAUCGUCUGCGCUGAUCCUCUCCUGACCUUCGCUGCUCAAAUCAUUGAUCACCGGCUUCUGCUGUCUUCACUUGUCUUUAUUCACUUUGCUUUUGGCUUUUGCUUUUUUUCGUUUCCAUUGUCUUUUGACUGACUUUAAUAAAAUCUAUUUUUCUAACCUA